AUGGUUUCUCAAAAUACUGGGAGACCAUUCAAGAAGUUUGUCAAGUUAAUGCGCCAACGUGCAAGAACGGGGUAUCUGCAUUGGAUUUACGUCCCGUUAAAUAAAAACGAGUGCAUUGAAGCCGCUUGGAUUCGGAAGCUCCAGGAUUGUAGCACAAUAGCCUUUGGCCCUGUCUUAAUUCUACGAACUUCACUCCGGAGGACUCUUACAUUUGGACCCCAACUUCCGGCGCGCAUUAUCGAUUUUUAUGGAUACCUCCCCUUGGUUAAAGAUGGUGACGGUACUAUCUCGGGGCUCUUUCAUGAUGGCUUAGAUUCAGUUUCCAGAUAUGUAUCUGCAUUUGGGGUCGCCUGUAAUGCUCAAAGCCAAGCUGGUACGCUGCCAUUGCUGCCCAUGGAUACUCACUAUGAACCGCCCAAAGUUCCUCCGGGUAAAGGCUCCAUAGCGUGUACAUGGUUCAUGACAAAGGCUUCACUCAAGAACCUUGUCAAGGUCUGCUGGGACCUCGACCUCACCCAAGAAGUCUUCGACCCUGUAUACAUUGAAAAGGGUACGGUCGAUGGACGGGAUUACAUUAAGAACAUUCGAGGUGACACAUUUGACUCACGGGUGUCUACCUAG